AUCAUGUGCACGUGUGCUUUAUAUAAGUUAGACACGAGCUCAUCUCUAGCAUUCGGCAUUUCUCACAACUUCUGGAGUUAGUAUUGCUGGUAACUCUAUGUAAGUCGUCAUUCAUUUAUUGUAACCAAUGGAAGAUGGGUGUCACUGGCUUAUGGAAGUUAAUAGAGCCUUGUGGGAAGCCAGUGCCCGUGGAGACAUUGGAGGGAAAAGUGCUGGCCAUUGAUAUUUCCAUAUGGUUGCAUCAGGUUGUAAAAGGCUUCCAGGAUAGCAAAGGAUCUGCAUUGAGUAAUGCGCACCUUUUGGGUCUAUUCCAUCGGCUAUGCAAAUUGCUUUAUUACCGCGUGCGGCCAGUUUUCAUAUUUGAUGGCGGCGUGCCGCAAUUAAAGCGCGAUACAAUUGCGCGUCGCCAUCAACAACGCAACAAGCUCAGCAACGAGGCCGAUCGCAUUCAAGCACUUCUGCUACAAUCUCUGGCCAAGGAGAAGGUGGUACAACAGGCAUUGGGUAAGAACGCGGAGUUGCUGCUAAAAUCACCCGUCAAGCGUUCAACCAUAGAAAAGUCGAACAAAAAUGAUGAAGAUGAUCUCUUCAAAUUGCCAGAGCUGCCAGCUUCAUCAGCUGCUCAGCUCAACGAUUCCAACGAAGACUUGGAUAAUGAGGACUAUGAAGGAGCAACCACUACUUCGGAUAGUUCCUUUGAUGAGUCAAAUGCACGUCGCACAUAUGAUGCCAGCUUGCAAGCUAUUGAUGUACGUAGUCAACAUUUCAAAAACCUGCCCGCUGAUGUGCGCCACGAAAUACUCACAGACAUCAAGGAGACGCGCAAGCAAUCUUCUUGGGGUCGGCUCCAUGAGCUACCAGCACGAAGCGAUGACUUCUGCUCUUUUCAAAUGAAGCGAUUGUUAAAGCGUCGUGCUGUGCAGGAAAGCCUUGAGGAGGCACAACAAGAGAUGGGAGGCCACACACUGACAUAUGCGGAGUUGUCCGAGUUUUUCAGCGAGGAGGGCAUAGUCACGCCUACAGCUAUUGCUGAAAGUACGCGUCAAAUAAGUUCCGAUGAGCACACCAGAUUUUUGUUAGUUCGUGAUCUUAAAAAAAAAGCUAUGGCUGCAGAGGAAAAGUCCAAAAUGAGUAACAAAUGUGAAACCAUCAAAGAAGAAAUUGACGAAAAGCCAUGCACCUCAUCAAAAGCAUCCACUGUUUUAGACCAAAAGGAAGUGGUCCCCAAUUGUGAGGGUGAUUUGGAAUUGGCAUUGUCCCUAUUUCUGGAUGAAUCUAAUAAAGUCUAUGACGACAAGGACUAUGAGUACGAUUCGGAUCAGAACUUGCGUUUGAAUCGCGAACAAAGCAAGAACUUGCGGCAUGCUGCCAAGGGACCAGCACGAGCAUAUAUGAUAGAAUAUGGUGGCAUGAAUGAAGAUGAAGUAGGCAACGUCAUGGAAACAACACAAUUAAAUGAUACUCAAAGCUUAGAGCGUCUCUUGCAUGAUACAAAUGUCAAUGAUAAUAUAACAAAUAUAGAUAUGGCGAACAAUUCAAUUGAAGAGGCCAAACAAAUAGCUUUGGCUAUUGAACAGAGCCAACAAAUACAAGUUAAACGCGCAGAUAAUUCUGACCCAAUUCAAACCAUUGAUAGCGACACUGAUUCAGACUUAGAAGAAGUUGUUGAAGUAAAGGGCACAAUGUCUACAAAAAAUAGCCUUGAAAUCUGUGUAGACGUUAAAGAUGCAUUAAAUGAAGACGAUGAUCUUUUUGCGGACAUUUUUGAUGAAGAGUACAAGCUAAAGGAUAGCAAUCAACUGGAAACUAAUGCAAAAGAAUUCGAAAACACUAAUGAAAACAUUCAGGAAAGAGAUACAAUGAAAGACAGUGAAAAUAACUGCACAGCAAUUGAGAAGAUAAAUCAGUCGAAAGAAAGUGAAACUGAAGGAAAGAAAACACAAGAACGAGGUGAUAUUGACUCUAUAAAGCAAAUUGAUGAAAAUAAACUCGUUGUUUCAGUGGUAGAAGAUGACUCCAAAAAACUUUUACUAACCUCUAUACUUUCCGAUCUCAAAAAACAAUCAGAAGAAGUUAAAAAUAUAACAUUGGAUCUCACAGAGAAAAAAGAAAAGCCCAAAGUUGCACUGAGCUCUAUACUUGAUGAGCUUAAAAGGCAAACGGAUGAGGUUAAAAACAUAAAAUUGGAAUCUGUAAAGAUAAGCAAUAGCAUGGUCAUAGAAUUAUCCUCUGAUGAUGAGAGCGCCAAAGUAAAAAGCUCUCAAAUAUCUAAAGAUGUUAUUGACCUUUGUGACAAUGAAAGUGAAAUACGUCGCGCAUCGCCAAAUAAGACUCCCACCAAGACCACAUCUAUAACAGAUUUCUUUGAGACUACAUAUAAGAUUAAACGUACGCCCGACAAGCCAAUUGACACAAAUGUUACACCGCCUGCAUCUCCAAUGGUACCUAAGCCGUUCUAUGUUAAGCGUACGCCAAAAUCAGGACGUAAACGUGCCGGAGAGGAGCCCAGCGAUGAUGAUGUCUCGCCCAACAAAAAGUCCAGCAAAGCAUCUAAGUCUUUGUUUGGAAAUGAAGGCAAUGCAGAGCAGCUUAAGGCACCAGCAGUUAAUCCAGAGGAAAUUCUCAAGGACGCGGCCGAAGCCUUAAAAUCUCAGAAGACAGCAGAGGAACUACAGACAAUGGCUAACAAUUUGGCAGGUGAACGCCGCGAGCUAGAAGCUGAACGCAAUCGUCAGGACCGAAUGGGCAUGUCAAUCAGUCAGCGCAUGAGCAGUGAUUGCCAGGACCUGUUGCGUCUGUUUGGGAUCCCAUACAUCGUGGCGCCAAUGGAAGCAGAAGCUCAGUGUGCCUUCCUCAAUUCCGUUGGGAUUACAAAUGGUACAAUAACGGACGAUAGCGAUAUCUGGUUAUUUGGCGGGCGGACCGUUUAUAAAAAUUUCUUUGCCCAAAACAAGCAUGUCCUUGAGUUUCGCGCUGAGCAGAUAGAGCAGACAUUUAAUUGCAAUCGGGGAAAGCUCAUACAACUUGCCUGCCUCGUGGGCAGUGAUUAUACCACAGGCAUUCAUGGCAUUGGUGCUGUAACAGCUCUUGAAAUUCUCGCCUCCUUUUCAACUUCUAUUCCGAAUACAACAGCAUCAAACAAUUCUGCCGCAUCUGUUUCCAUGCAGUCUGUGUUGUCUACAUUAGAAAAGUUCCGAGAAUGGUGGCAGGCGCAUAAGAACUCCAAUUUGCCUAUUGGCAGCUCAGCACGCCUUUCGCUGCUCAAGAAACUUAAGAAUAUUGAAUUGCAUGAAGGAUUUCCCAGUGCGUCUGUGGUGGAGGCAUAUUUAACACCUAAGGUGGAUGACAAUCGAGACGCUUUUAGCUGGGGUUCCCCUGAUGUCGAAUCUAUACGAGAAUUUUCUCGUAAAUCGUUUGGUUGGACUACGGCGAAAACAGAUGAUAUUCUCAUGCCGGUCAUGAAGAAAAUCAACGAAAAGAAGAUACAAGGCUCCAUACGUAAUUACUUUUCGGCGAAAAGCGCGCUUCGAGUGCAGCAACCCAAGGUCAGCAAACGUGUUCAGACUGCAAUUGAUAAAAUGUCUGGUAAGAUCGAUGCAGAAACUCCAGAGAAGUUGAAUAAACCAACACGUCGAGCACGUACGAAGAAAACAAAAGCAUCUGAACCGCAUGUAGAGAAUUUAGAUGAUGUAGCAGAUGAUAAUCAUCCCACUCCUCCAAAGCGAGUCAGACGGAAAGCAAGAACUACGAUAACGGAAGAUGCAGCUGAAACGUCUUCUGCACUCAAUGCAUCCGUGAAGCCAGUGAAAUCUGUAAAUACACAAAAUACCAAAGAGGUAAUACCGCAAAGAGAACGUGAUAUGGAGCAGAUGCGUAAGAACAAGGCAAAAGCGGCAGCAAUUUUGAAGGCAAGCUCCAAGGCUUCCAAAUAAAAAGUGUCGUAUUCUUUUCAUGUAAAUAUGCAUGCCAUAACAACUAAUUUAUAGUAAAUAUUAAUUUCAAACAUCUUGUAGUCACUACAAUUUAUAAUAAUUUAUGUUAUAUUGAGCUGGAAGCAUCUCCAAUAUCAAAAGACCAGUUGAGUUAAUCUAGUUAUGUCGAACCGAGCACACAUCAAAGAUCAGAAAUGCUUAGAGCGAAAUUCUUUAAUU